UUUAGUUUGAGCUCAGCGAGCCACCGGUGAGCGUCGUUCGGAAGGUUCAGUUCCGUACGGUUGUGACAGCGACUGUACGCAGUUCGUUGAGUUACGUCGACGCGCCAGUUUUGUAUCGCGGAUGGCCCCGUCCGAUCGUCGUCCUCGUCGCUUGUAAGGGUGGUUUUUUGUUUUUUCUCGUCGAACCGGCCAAACCCUUCGUCCUCAAAAUGUUCAUCAGCGUCACGAGUAUCGAAGAUAUCGCAAUCCGAAAUCGUUCUUAUUCGUCGCUGGCUUGAACCGAUAUCAAAUGUCAUCUGAGGUCAAGGAGUCAUUGUCACCGCAGUAAAACUGCCGAUGACACUCGAGGGCUAUUGGACUGACCCUACAAUAAACUGUAGACCAUGAAAUUCUGAGAGUUUAUCGUAGAAUUGGAGCACAACGAUGCUGACCAAUGUAUCCGAUAGUUUCUUAUCGGUACUGGUGAAGUGAACUUGUAGUCCAAAGUUCAACGAAGGGUUGAGAAACAUUUCUAGAACGAACCUAUUCAAUUUGACCUCUGAUGGUUUGAAGGAUUCCGCGCCGCUACGUCUUUCGACUCGUCAUUUCGAACCGAUUGAGUUUUGUGAGUGAAGAUGUAGAUCGGUAACGACGAAGUGCACAAUUUGCAUAAUUAUUCACCACACCUGUGCGACACACUCGGACACAUCGUUGUUCCAUUGACCAAGUAUAAAUCGUGGGAACCCUGACUUUUGUUCGGUACUUGAUAGAGUGGUGGUUGUUGUUGUUCUUGUGCUUCUCACCUGACCACCACUGCAGCUGGUACAUCGGCAUUGUACACAUCGUCCUACUCAUGCUGGGCGUUUUUAAACGACGCUGGAAGCCCUCGAAAAGGGCUUCCAAUGGCCGUAGUACCGAAGCUAACAUCGGAGCAGACCUCGCUCUCGACAAACCUCGCCCGGUCGCUUCCCCCAGACAAAUUCAUCCCUUGUACGGGGAGAAAGCAGGGCUUCUGGGUUACUGCGAUCCGGUUGGUAAUACAGAAAGUUUUCCGCCAGCCCCCAACAUCGUCGUCGAGGGUGGAAGAAUCGAGUUUGUCCGCCCAUCGCAAGAUAUCACCACGGCACCCCGAAGGAACACCGUCUCCAGAGGGUCUCAGACCUUCGUCGAUCAGCCGGAAAAAUCAGAUCCCGCCAAGGAAAGCCUCGAGGAACGUGUCCAAGAACUCGAAAAAACUUUACAAGCGGAACGAGCAGCCGCACAACGUGAUCGCGCUACAAUAACCAGACUCCAACGCCAAAUCAACAAGAGGGAGGCGACGCAGCGAGAUGUGGAGCGAGAACGACGUCAACGAAUGGAGGCAGAAGCUCGGGUCCGCGAAGCUACCGCUGAAGCGGAACGCGCACGCACCAGGGUGCAUCAUCUUCAGCGUGAACUUGUCAGGAUGGAGGAAUCUGCCAGAGGAAUUCUACAGCAGAAACAACGAGCGGAACAGCUGAAGCAAGAAAAAACAGCCCUCACUUUAUCCUACGAGGCCCGAGUGCACCAGUACCAGGCUCAAAUUUCAAAAUUACAAUUGGAGAGCGAAUCCCUACGGGGUCAGUUGAGGGGUUUGGAAGCUGCUUGCGCGGGAGAAGUUCAUGCCGCUCUCGUAGCGAGACUAGCUACACUGGAGACCGAACACGCUGCUUUGGCGCGGGACGCCGAUGCUCAACGUCGACAGUACGAGCGAUGCCUGGAUGACGUCGCCAACCAGGUCGUCCGUGCCCUCCUAUCCCAAAAGGGUCUGAAGGAAGAGAUCGGAGCGUUGCAGAGGCGUAUAAGGGAGUUGGAAGCUCAGAAUCGUGCGCUCUCCGGACUUCUUGCUCAGGCGACGAGUCCCGGAAGUCCCACGGACUUGAUCCACGGUAUCCUCGAGGCGGGACCGGCAGCCCUGGUCGCUGCUCUGAGCCUGGACACGGCCUGGGUACCGCUUUCGAGACCCAGAUCUCUCAAUCUUCAAAUUCCCGUCAUGGCUACGGCCAAGUGUCGCCGGGCCAGGCCGCUGGGUCAAAAGCCCUCCGAAGAGGAGGGCAGCGAGAGCCCGGAAAGCGGCAACAGGGACGAAGGUUACUCGACGAUGUCGAGCGACGUCCAGGGCGAAGGGACCCGUCAGGAACCCGCCCGAGGUCUCGAAGACCUCAAGGAAGCGACCGACGAAACGGAGGCCGACGUAUCUCCCGACGCGCGCUUAGUAACCCUUGACGCCGGUAAUCCCGACGUACUUUUUCUUCCGCUGAAUUUAACCGUGGGCAUAAAUCCCAGGCACAGCUAUCCACCGACCAAAGACCUCCUGCCUUAUCAGCAUGUCAUGAGGAGUUUCUCUGACAGCCAUCUCUGCCUAAAACUUACCACCACUGCGAGCCUGUCACCCUACAACAUCGCGAGUCCCGCCGGAUCUUCCGUACUUCUGGUUGAAGAGGAGGGCUGGGACGCCGAAUACGUUCAGCAGUGGUUGAGACUGGACGACACGCGGAGCGCCCAGCAGCAUCGCGAUCUUUUAGAAUUGGAGUACGACAGAGCCGAGCUCGAGGAUUGGAGCUUUUCGCUGUCGACGGAGGAUCUCGUCCAGGCGGACGCAACGUGGAAGGAGCCGGCAAUAACGCCGGCAUUACCAGCAAUCAAGGAACAGAAUCCUUUGGAACUCGAGGAGGAUGCGAACGAGUGUUUAUGGAACGGAGCUAGUUAUCUCGCGGACAGAGCCGGCGGCGAACUGGUCGCACUGCUCAUGGACGCGAGGGCCAGCGGACCUUGGCCCUACGCUUCUAGUCCAGGCGCUUCGUGGAGCAGCGAGGAGGGGGCGAUGGAAAAUUCCAGCAAAAGAUCGUCCGCGGCUCUAUCGGGGUGCAGCGAUGAUCCCGACUCUCCGUCGGUGGGGACCGACUUCACCAGGGAUUUUUACAGACUCGUGAAAUUCGAGAGCACCAAAAGUUUGGCCAGCACCUCUUCGAGGGGUGGAAGACCCCCGGACAGGGAACAAGCCCUUCAGAACGUUCUGUCCUUUAUAGCCGAACAGCAAAUGUACCUAGCGGAACUUCCGCAUCGGUGUCAAGACGCCGCUACGGACCCACCGCCCCUCGAAGCGAUCGCAGUAUGCGUCGGAAGUCAAAACGAACGAAUUUCGGAAACAGUUGCAGCGGAACUGCAGGCGAGCGCUAUCGAUCACGAGAACAGCGGAAAUGAAAAUCUUUCGGAAAUGGAGCCCGUCGACGAUCUGUUGGAGCAGAUCAACGUCCCUCCCCUUGCUCCGGACGAACGAAUGAUCAGUGCCGUUGCGUGUAACGGCGGUAUAUCGUACACGACCGUCGCGCCUUCGGAACUUCUCGGAGCAGUACCAGAAGAAGACGAAGAAGCUGCGACGUCGUCCACCCCUAGCACCGUUGUCAGCCCGGCCAGGGCCCCGCUUCUGGUCGAGGGGAGGGACCGGACGUUGAGUUUUCACGAGAGAGCGACUUCAAAGGAUGUUAUCGAUGAGCUCAACAGAAUGAUACGGAAGGGUGAAGAGCACCCAACGUCCCAAGACGCCGCUCACGCGGUCCUAGAGAAACUCGAUCUCGCCUGCUGCUGUCCCACCGGUUGGGUGCACGUAGAACGAGACAUCGAUUUCACCGAUCCAAAGGCGAGGGCAAAUUUAUUGGAUGUAAUGUUGGCGAGCAGCGAAAGUUCCUCGGCGACGUCGAGCAGCGGAUCCGCGGGUAGCGAUUCGGGGGACGAACCACCAGACUACCGUCAUCUUCACAGGCUACAUCGAUACCGACGUCAAAAGAAAGCCUCCGCUGCCCAGGCGCACCGGGUACUCCGGUUACCGUCCGCGUGGGGUGCUUCGAGGCCUUCGAUCAUCGGUCGUGACGACUUCUUCGUUCGUUAUGGGGAAAAGGAACGCGAAGCGGUAGCGACAUUCGACUUCUUGAACGAGAUCGCUGUUUCGUCACCGGCCCCAUCGCCCACCGAUUCGAACGCCAGCCUCAUGGACUCGAUGGUAGAUUCCCCGGUAGACAACGACUGCAACCUGAUGAAACUAUCGCCCUUAUAGUGAAGCGUUAUCGUAAGAUUUUGUCAACGCGGUAAGAAACCCUCGGCAAAGUUCACGCAUUAGUUAUAAAUUAAUAUUAAAUAGAAACAAAACAAGAAAAACAAAAAGUCGAAUGAAAAGAUACGGUCCUCUUGAAGGAGGAAUUCGGAUGACGAAAGAGAAGUAUCGAUUUUCGUAGUGUAAAAAUCGGUGAAUUUUUUCGAAUUACGACGUAGACUGAUAAAAUUUUGACGAGGGAACCCGCCCCGCGUGACAUUUGAAUUUAUAAUUCCGGGGGUAUACGAGUAUAAAUUAUGUUUGUUAAUAUAUUGCCAAUUCGAAAGAGAAUUUUUUUUUUUUGAUUAUUAUUUAUUUCUAUUCUCUUUUAUUUUUAUUCCAUCCGAGAACAAUGUGAAAUUAUUUCAUCAUAUUCUUUUCCCCGUUAGUUUUUUCAUUUGUAUAUACCUUGAACAAUGUCGAUGUUAUAAAAAGUCAAUCUUCUCAUCAAGAAAUACGUUAAUCCGUGCGAUAUUACAAUUGGCUAUAAUCAAAUAUAUUUGUAAAUAAAUUAUGCAAUAUCUGACUUCGAUCUAAUUAUAAAUUGAAACCACGGCUAUGAUUGAUUUCUCUGUACUCCAGGCCUCGUCGUACGAUCCACGUAGCGUUCGUUCGUAUUUCUCCCCCAUCUGAUCCAUUCAUCAGGUUUUCCACUAACGAUACUUUUGCAUUUUUAGAAUAACGAUGAUAACGAUAACACAAUACGACAGAACGCAUACGAAACAACGAAAUACAAUAUAUGAUUGAUAAUUUCGCAAUCAUACCGAUCAAGUCUUCCUGCGCGUGUAUUGUUUUCAUUCCUAUUACUAUAUACAUCGUUAUUACUGUGUGUAAAUAAUUAUUACCUGCCCAAAAUAAUCUGCCGAUGAUUAACAUGAAACGAACGCUUUACAUAUCUCGUGGAUCGCACAUGAAAUACGUGGCAAUUUCGAUUGAAUUUCUUUUUUGUUCGGUACUCCUAUCCACGUAUACAUAAUCUAUACCGAACGAAACUUGGAAAUAGAACAUGGCUUCCACGCGACAUGAGACACACACGCGUAUACAACCCACGUAACUUUCGUAAUUUCUAUACUGAAAUUUUGGUAUCAGCUCUGCCAAAGUCUGUAAGUAAAAGAGUGAAACAACAAAUAAAAUAAAAUAAAAUAAAAUAAAUAUACCUACUAUAUCACAGGGUAGAAUUUAAAAACGAAUUAUUAUUCAUUGGAAAGAAUUGAAGUCCACAAUUUGAAUGUUGCAUGAGGUUCUGCAGAUCUUCUAAUUAUGACGACGUACUAUCGAUACCAAACUUCCAAAAAAUAUGAUUAUAACUUAUACGUAAUCAGAAAAUCCGUUGAACGCCCACUAUUUUUUACCCCAUGCAUAAGACGUAUAGAUAAAAUGUAUAGUUUCUGCAGCAAAAUCGAAUUUCAAAUUCAACCUUCCAAAACUGAGCUUAGAAAGAAAAAAUAUAUUUAAAAAUAAUAUAUGAAUAUAUACGUUUAUAAUUAUACGAAUAGAAUGUAAUGAAUAUCGUAAUUCUGAAGGGUUGCAGAUUUUAUAAUGAAAGAAAUAAAGAAAAAUCGAAAAAAAUAAGACAAAAAAUAAAACGAACGAGCUGGGGUUCGAUUUUCGCCAAACAAUAUUUCAACCAUCGACUAUAAUCGGAUCAAAUAACUAACAGUUGGAACGUCAUUUUUACUUUUUCCCCUCAAUCUUCUAUUACGUUUCCUUUAUUUUUGGAUUUUCCCCAAGACUGCCGCACUCGUACAAUAGGCGAGAGUCAUGGUGAGAAUUAACACGAUGAUAUCGAUGCAAAAUUGAGAAAUUAUUCCCCUUACCAGAAGACUAAGAAUCAGACGUAACAACAACAAAUUGUAUGAUAACAACAGGAGUAAUAAAUGAUAGUAUUAAUAUUAGCAGCAGUAAUAAUGAAAAAUAAUGAUCAUGAUAAUUACUAUAAAUUAAUAUCAUUACACACGUAUAGUCGAUGGCGUCGUCGCGUCGCGUCGUACCGAUUUUAAUUCGGUGAUACCCUAAUAACGAUAUAUGAAUGAAAGGAAAAAAAAAGUAAAGGAAAAGAAUACAAAAACGCAAAAAAGUCAUUGUAUUUCAACGUAACAAAGUAUAUAUCACAUAUAUAUAUAUAUAUUGUUAUGUCUUUAGAUAUAUCGUAGUGAAUUAUGAUACGUAGAAAUCUGGGACGUGUUUCUUGACGAGAACCUAAUAACGUACUAUAAAAUAUAAUAUCACUCGUACGUACAUAUGUAUAGUUAUAAAACACGAGGCUCGAGUCCGACUAAAUUGCAGCUGUAUAAGGACGCCAAAAUUUCAUUCAUUGUUAGAUCUUAUAGCAUGAUUGGUACACACACACACACACAAACUCGUCAUACGAUACUGUCGGAUAUCGAGAAAAAUAAAAUUAAAAAAUGAAUUAAAAAAGAAUCAGUAAUCGAGAUGAAAGCAACCGCAAGUCAGGUAUUUAAUUUAUCUAUAUAAUAGUGAAGAUUAUGUAUUGUAAUAAUAAUCAUUAUGUGCGGGUUCGACAUAUGCGUAUAGGGAGUUCUGAAAACUUCAAUGAUACAUGACGAACGUCCAGAAGCGGAAAACUCAAUACGUUAUCAAAAUAAAAUGCAAAGUCAAACGAAAGAAGAGAAAAAAGAAAAUAACCGAUGUAUAUCCUAUAGUAAUCAGCACUUGUACGAAUAUUAUUACUAAUUACUAUUAUUAUCAUUAUCAUUAUCAUUAUCAUUAUUAUUAUUAGCGGCAAUUCAUUAUGAUAUUCCGACCGAAGAGCACAGCAUGCAUACAUACAAUUGCUCUGCAGAAUCAAGGUACACACAAAAAGGAAGGAAAAAACAAAAAAGAAAUGAAACACAAUAUAUCAUCAUUGUACAUAGAAUGUAUUAUAUUAGCUGUAUACGAGAUAUGAAGUAGAUGUAAGUUAUCUAUCUUCUCUUGAACUUAAUAAACAAUAAUGACAAUAUACAUACCUAUAUAAUGACGAUAACGAGGACGUUACUAUUCAUUACUUUUUACAGAUCUUCAAAUAAUAAUUGAUCGAAUUAUUAUAGGGAUGGAAUAUAUUUAUUCGAUAAGAAGAAAAAUACAACUUGGAUGACACGGUGGUUAUACUCUUAAAAUAAUUUUAUUUGAAAUAUAUACGUAACGUAUAAAGUUUUUUUUUUUUGUUUGCUUAUUUUCAGUAUCAUCUUUGUUUUCAUGGUUUUUUCUUGCGUUUUUUCGCCUUGACUUAUUUGUUCGAGUUUUAUAUAUUCUUAUUGCGAAAUACCUGGAUAUUGUAUUUUAUUGUUGUUAUUUUUUGUAAUUCAUGUACAUAUU